AAGUAUUGUUAUAUUAGUACUAACAGUACACAAUGUUGGGUGUAAGAAGUGGCAGUCAGGUAUCUACAUAUCGUGAGACUACAUAUCAUUAUUAUUCUACUGAAGAUUUAUUAGGAAGAGGAGCAACAUGUGAAGUAUUUAAGGGAAUCAGUCAGUCUGGUGAGUAUCGAGCACUGAAGAUUUUCUCGGCCAGAGCAUCAGGUAAAAACUCUGAUAUAGCGAGAGAAGUGGAAGCUUUGAAGAAGUUAAAACAUGAUAAUGUGGUUGUAUUUUAUUCAGUGGAGCAAGAUAAAUUAACUGGGCGACCUGUUGUUGUAACAGAAUUAUGUGAGGAUGGUAGUUUACAAGAUGUAUUGAAUUCAUUAGAUUUUAAAUAUGGUUUAGAUGAAGAAGAAUUCUUACUUGUGUUUAGACAUCUGUUGAAUGGUGUACGUCAUCUACGACGUAAUGGUUUUGUCCAUCGUGAUAUCAAACCAGGCAACAUUCUUAGAUGUAUUGAUGAAAAUGGAAAGUCUCUGUAUAAACUCUCAGAUUUUGGUACUGCUCGUCUUUUAGAUGAUGGAGAUGAGUUUAUGUCUUUAGUGGGAACUGAAGAGUAUUUACAUCCGAAUUUAUAUAAUGCUGCCUUUCUACAUCCUCGAUGCCGUGGAGGAUUUGAUGCUAAGGUAGAUUUAUGGAGUUUGGGUGCAACUUUGUAUCAUUGCUGUACAGGAUGUGUACCAUUCAGACCCUAUGGUGGACGUGACGAUAAAAAAGCAAUGUAUGCUAUGUUAACCAGGAGACCCGAUGGCGUAAUAGGGGGUAUACAGUUUAAACCUGGGGGAGAAAUUGGUUGGAUUAAAGAGCUGCCCCCUGCUUCUUCUUUAUCAAGUGGAAUGAAGCGGUUGAUUACGCCACUUUUAGUUGGUUUGCUGCAAGUAGAAGAAAGUAAAGCUUGGACAUUUGAUUUCUUUUUUGAAAAAGCAGACGAAAUCUUAGAUAAAACAGCUGUAAAUGUCUUAGCCAUAAGACCAAAUCCAACUUGGCUGUAUAAAAUAUAUUUAGAUCCCAAAAACAGUUUUCACGAUCUACAGCAUCAGUUAGAAGAACAAACCGGUAUAUUACAAAAGGACCAAGUUCUGUUUUAUCAAAACGAGUGUUUAAAAAGUGAAAUAAUGACGAGUGAUGAUGGAGGUGUGUCUUCUAUUGGUGCAUGUUUUCCAGUUACAUCACUAAAUAGACCAAUUAUACUUCUAUCAAGAAAAGUGAUGAAUAAACUACACAAACCAUGCGCUUACCUAGAUGAAAUUCAAUCUGAUGUUUCACUACAGUUUAGUGACACUAUGGAUUUAUCAUAUGAUGUCACAAUAGCUAAUAUGAUUGGUGGUCAUAUAAAUAUACUUCAUAAACAAGUUUUAAUAUCCACAUCUCUACAAGAACAUAUAAUAGAACUAGAACGAAAACAGCGACAUAAUUUUAGACGUGAUUUUGAUGUCGCCAAAUGUAGAAGAAGUGAUGUAACAGAAUUACAUGAUGAAAUAAGACAUGUUAUAAAGAAAGCUGAAAAACAAACGGGAAAAGACGAUAUUUGGUCAUUAGCUGUAGAUGAUUUAUUUUAUAAGAAUGAUGAAUUACUUAAAACGGUAGAAGAAGACUUAAUUACAGCAUAUGAAAUGUUAAAUGAUGGAGAUACGUUUUACAACACAGAUUGGUGUUAUGGAGAAUCUGCUUCCUGUGUUCGUAAAACUGCUAGAAUUCUUACUAAGGCAGCUAAAAUUAUAGACAGAAUGACAUCUAGGCGACAAAAUUUAAUGUUGAAGACAAGAAAAAACAGAUAUGAUGGGCUUCAGCACCAAGCAGAUGCAAAAAAUCUGAUUAAUUUGAAAGAUGAUAUUAUGAAGAUAUGGAAAAACCAUUGUCUACCAAAAACACGUACUUUACAAGAAAAGAUAAACGCCUGGUCCAGUGCCCAUCUUGAUGCAUCGGAUAAAGUUCAUGGUUCUAUAAAUCUGCUGGAAAAGAUUCGGAAAAACAGUAUUAAAGGAUUACAACUCUUACGUCAAGAAUCAAGCAGUCAGGAAAUAGAGGAAACCCCAGUGAAUAUAUAUUCAACACCUUUAUUAAGAACCCACUCACAGUGUGCAUCUGAUCUGAAGAUAUUAUUAACUGAUGGACUACCAGAUAUUUACCAACCUGAUAACUUGGAGGAUGCACUGACGCCCAUGUCCAUUUUAGACACAAAUCCAAGAUCAAAUGUAGACACAAUCUCAAUACCUUACAUAGAUUCCUAAACAAACAGAACGAUUCGUUAUUCCUGAACCAAUCACAAAUAAUAUUUAUUUAAUGGAUGAUCUUAUUUACGAUUGACAUUAAUAACCAUAAUAUUAUCAUCUUCAUUGUCGUCGCCUCAUCAUCGUUUUCACCAUGGUAAUUCUACUAAUCUAAACCUGUUGACAUCGGAAAAUAUUAUGACUGGAAUUAUAUUUAGCCGGUGCGCAUGUAAAACAAUGAAACUUUACAUUCCUUUGCUAUAUUGUAAGACUGUAUAAUAAUAAUAAUGAAAAAUAACCCAGCCUGAUAUGAUUGACACGCAUGACCUACCGAAGCUCAAAUACAAACUAUUUUCGUUUUUAUUAUUAUUAUUAUUAUAUUUAAUUUUGAAAAAUAGUCUAAUCCCUAUUUUUAUACGCCCACAUUGAAAUGUGGUCGUAUAUUGUUGUCGCCCCCGUCGGUCCGUCCGUCCGUCUGUCCGUCGCCGAUUGCCUUUAAAUUGAUACACAGUGUUUAAGGUCAUGAGGCGAAGAAGCCUAUUGAUUUUCAGCGAUUUCUGAUAAUUUUUGCCAGAGUUAUCGCCCUUGAUCACUUUGAAAAUUCUUGUAGACGCUCUAGAGGCUAAAGUUAAUAUCCGAUUGACUUUAAAUUUAUAUACAGUGUUGAAGACCAUGAGACGAAGAAGCCUAGUGAUUUUAAGCGAUUAUUAUUAUUAUUAUUAUUAUAUUUAAUCUUGAAAAAUAGUCUAAUCCCUAGUGAUUUUAAGCGAUUUCCGACCAUUUUUUGCCAGAAUUAUAGCCCUUGAUCACUUUGAAAAAUCUUGUGGACGCUCUAGACGCUAAAGUUAAUAUCCGAUUGACUGUAAAUUUAUACACAGUGUUUAAGAUCUUGAGACGAAUAAGUAUAUUGAUUUUCAAGAAUCUUUAUGAUUUGAACAGCUAAAUUCAUGAUGUUAAAAGUUUUGUAUACUAAACGUUAGCAUGGGGCAGAACUUUAUAAAAACCAAACAAAUUCUAAUGGUUUUCUGAUAAUAACUUAAUGAGUUGUUACUCUUAAUCAGAUUUUAAUGUAUUAUAAAUGUUUCAUUACCGAAAAAAGUAAAAAUAUGUGACAACUCUUGUUGACUGCCUGGACGAUAUAGCUGCUGUGGGCGUAUGUUUCGUUGCCUGGCAACCUAUCUUUAAAUUUCGAUUUUUUAGAAUAAUUUUUUAUUUUGUAAUUUUUUUAUUUCCUAAUUUAAUUUUAUAUUUUGUAAUUUUGUAAAAUAUGUAAAAUAAUUUUUAAUUUUGUAAAGUAAAAUAUUUUUUUAUUUUGUAAAGUAAAAUAAUUUUUAAUUUUGUAAAACAAUAAUUUUUAAUUUCAUGUGGACGUAUUAUGCCGUCGCCCCUGUACGGACGCCCGUCCGUCCGUCCACAAUUUGUUUGUGAACACGCUACAGGUGACAAUUUUUAUCCGAUUUUGACAAAACUUAAAAUAUCUCGCAAAGAGCUCGGUUCCUUUCGAUAUUGGCAUGUAUCGGACCAUAACUUUAUGUAUUAUGGCCCCUGAUUGUAUGAAAAACCGCGUUUAGCUUGAGGUCACAAUUUUCACCCGAUUUUGAUGAAACUUGAAAUGCAUGUUUAUAACCCAAAGAUCUUGUUUCCUUUCGAUAUUUGCGCAUAUCGGAUCGUAACUUCCAAAAUAAUGGACCUUGAUUUUGCAAAAAUCACGCUUUUAGCUUGUGGUCCCUUUAGAGGUCACAAUUUCUAUCCGAUUGAAAAAAGAAAGUGUGAACAUAUCACCGUUACACACUAAGAUCUUGGUUCCUUUUAAUAAUCGCGCCUGAAUAUGGCCCCUGAUUGUUCGAAAAAUCACAUUUUUAGCUUGCGGAUUCUCUGGAGGUCACAUUUUUUUCUGAUUUUAAAAACCGUUUAAAUAUAUCACCAUUCCACCAUAAUGAAGGUUGAAUUCGAAUUUCGAGAAAAUUAAAAUGAAACUGCCCAACAAUAUGGCCGCUCUUUAUACGCAAAUUGUAAAAGUAUGUAAUACCAAGGUUGUGGAUACUCUACAGGUCACAAUUUUUAUCCGAUUUUAAUGAGCAGAAACACAUAUCAAGCUACGUCGUACAGGCGAACUACAUGACAUGAUGAAGAUCACAAAAUAAUAAUAAUAAUAAUAAUGUGAACACCCACAGUCUAUUCCAGACUGUUUGUAUGCUCGUAGCGCAUGCAAAGAGUUGAGUUUUCUACAAUUCGAGCAACAUUUACGACACAAUUCUAAACAUAGAAUCGGGGCCAGAUAAGUCUUCAGUGAUGAUUUGAAAGUUGAUAAAGUACUGUUUCAAAUGAGUAGGCAGAUUAUUCCAAUGUGAAGCUGCCAGAUAUGAAAAUGAUUUUUUUCCAAAAAUUUUAAAUUGUAAGAUUAUCAGCCGAGGUUUGCCGAAUGGUGCUCAAGAAAAAUAGAUUUUUUUUAAAAAAAAAAAAAAAAAAAAAAUUAUAAAUUAUUUUACAAAAUGGAAAUAAAAAUACAAAAUAUAAAAUUACAAGCUAAAAAUUGUAAAUAAAAGUUUAAAAUUAUAAAUUAAAUUUUAAAAUUAUGAAUUAAAUUUUAAAAUUAUAAACUAAUUUACAAAAUUAAAAAUUAAUCUUACAAUAUUGGAAAUUCAAAAUAAAAAAUAAUUUACAAAAUUAAUUUACAAAAUUAUAAAUUAAUCUUACAAUAUUGGAAAUUCAAAAUAAAAUUAAUUUACAAACUUAAAAAUUAAUUUACAAACUUAAAAAUUAAUUUACAAACUUAAAAAUUAAUUUACAAACUUAAAAAUUAAUUUACAAACUUAAAAAUUAAUUUACAAAAUUUACAAAAUUAAAAAUUAUUGAACACAAUCCAAAAUUAAAAUAGAAAUUAAAAAAUUGAUUUACAAAAUCCAAAAUUAUUCAACAUAAUCCAAAAUUAUUCAAUCCAAAAUUAAAAUAGAAAUUAGAAAUCAUUUUUCAAAAUUAAAAAUACAAAAAGGAAAUCAAAAACAAAAAGAAAAAAAGUUCGUACUUGGGCUUCCCUAAUGACCAGAGUCCAGAACCCAAUACUGUAGUGAAACUGUGAAUAUUAUAUUCGUAAUUGGUGGAUGACAUUUUACACGACCUGAGCUUUCAAAGCAAAGACUAUCUGGAUUAUUCGACAUGGCGGCAUUACAGUACAGACCCAAGGAGAAGGUGUUUGGGGGGGGGGGGGUCAGCUCAUCGAUCUGGGGCCCAUGAAGCCGGGUGGCUUAAAUAUCUAUUUAAUUCAUUCGUGCCGCAGAGCCCGCGAGAGCGGCCCUGGUGGUCUAAACGUCCUUGCAUACAUGUAGGUGUGAGAGGGGGGGGGGGUGUAUGUCUUGCUCCAGCACAUACAAAUUCUCUAGGUGGCCGUAAGUAGCCUUCAUCUCAUAUCGUAAUUUAAAUGAUUUAAAUUAAUCGAAAGAUUUGUAUUGUAGUUACUCCUUGUGGUAGUUACUCCUUCUGAGAAUAUAGUAUUACAAUUGUAACAAAUCGUCAUUACCUGUGACUACUGGCGAUAUAUUUUAUCAAAUUUGGCCUCAUAUAAAAUAUAUAACUGUUUAAUUUAAUUUGUGUUGAAUUGUUAGAGAAAUAGAAAGAAGUAUAUUCAUGUU